GAGUAUUCUUAAUUAUUUUUAACAAAUAUGAGAUCCUUACACUCUGAUAGUUCUAUUGCUUCCCUUAUUGAGCUUCUAGCUCUUGAUACUAAGGGGGAGAACCCAUGUACUUCAGCAGCAUCCUUAUCCUCAGUGGAUAACCUUCCUGGUCUUAACACUUAUGCAUCCAUUUUUAACAUCCUCCUCCAGAAACAGUUGGUUGAUCAAUUGAGUGUUACCAAAAGAACUGAAUUGUUUGAAACUACUUUAAAUUGGUUCAAUAACUGUAAUCUGAUUGAUAGAUGCAGUCUAACCAGUAGUAAAGACCUUUUAAAUAACCCACUUGCUCAUGAGAAGCAAGUAGUGGUUGAAAUUGACCAACCAAAGCUUGAUAUUCAUAAUAAGUUAUCGAAAAAUGCAUCCGGAUCAGGCCUUGUCCUGCCAUCCCUUCAAAGUCUCCUCGAGUCUUCGAAAGAUUCUGUUGUUUACGCUCCAAAGCCAAGAAAGCCUCAAGUUGGUUUAUCAACAAGAAAUGUACUCGAAAUACUAGGAUAUUGUACUUGUGAUCAUUCUGGCUCUUCUUUGAGUCCUGUAGAGAUCCAAGGAGAGGUAAUUAUUCUAGAUAAUGAGAACCAAAAUGAUGCCUCACAUAACUCUAACACUCAAAGUAUCUGUGACAAGGAAGAGUGUAAAGACUGCGAUGAUCUUAUGGAAGACACUAUUAAGCCUUUGACACUAGCUCCUAAGCAAGCUAAAGAAUCCCCUCUCAACAUCAGAGAAGAGGAUGAAUACCUGAUGGAUCUUCAUCCUCACACAAAUGAGUAUGUCACCAAUCCCAAGACAAGUAGACAAGUCAAGAAGAUAGUGUGUUUGCAUCCAGGAUGCGGGAAGAAGUUCGAUAAGAAGUGGAACUUCAAAGACCACAUUCGCAUGCAUAUGGGAGACAGACCAUACAAAUGUGCACACUGCCCAAAGACUUUCACUCAGAAGGGCAACCUUGACAAGCAUAUGAAGCAGCAUGAGUUCAAAGACCUGAAAUCUAGGAAGAUCCACGAGUGCCACAUCUGCCACAAAAAGUUCACCGAGAAGUACAACUUAAAGAACCAUCUCAAGAAGCAUGAAACAGGUGGUAAAGAUCUUAAGAAGCAAAGAAGAGCCAAGGCUAAGGCCAAGAAGACUAGGAAGACGAGAUAGAUUGUGAAAGACAUUAGCAAAGGAAAGACAGGAUU